AUGAAGUUCUCUAACACAUGCCCUACCUCUAUUCAGCUCUUCUUCGUUAGAUGACAGUCGUCGGAGAGCCACAAAGUUACUAUUUUUCCGCUUCGUCGAGUAGUAGUCAUUGGAGACGAUUCAACGACCCAUUUCAUUGAUCUCUAGACUUUGUAAGGAGAUCUAGAUAUUGCUCAUGUCGAUCGUGUCUAAGGAGAGCCUUCGAGGCCGUAGACCCUAGAUGACGAUCCUCUUGAACGCUCAAGAUUCCAAUGCAUUACCGACAGAUCGCCACCGCGACGUCGGAACUUUGUUUUUCUACUUUCAACUUAAUUUUCACCUCAUUUAUUGAUAAAUUGUAUGAUUUAAAUUUAUUAAGUUAUAUUUCAUUCAAUUAUGAUUCUUCUAGCUUUUACAAAUCUUAAUUUGUUCAAUUAAAUUAUUUCUAAUCAUUUAUGUAAGAAUCGUCGAACCGAAUUUUGUUUCCGUCUGAUUUGCAUUCGUCAGGGGCUAACAUCAUCUUGACAUCUGCACCCUUAUUUCUCUUUUUUUUGAAUUUUAAAUAUAUUUUAUUUUCAUUUCUUAGUAUACAUUUCAUAACAAAUCAUAUUCUUUGAAAAAAAAUUCUAAAAAAUUACCUAAUAUUAUAUUACAUCUCUGUGAUUGACUUGGAAAAUUACCACUAUUUUUAGAAAUUUUAUUAAAUUAUAAUUAAUAUAUUUGUUCAAAACUAUUUCUAAAUAUCUAAAAAUUAGUAUUUUCUAGUUUUAUAAAUUUUAAAUUUACUUGAUUUACUACACAACGACUAAGUCACAUCACACCGCCCACUAGAAGAAAUCUUGGGGCGUUAACUUUCCCUGAUGUAGAGGAGGGAGGGGAGAGGAGGGGAGACUUGCCCUACUAGAAGGAGUGAUAAUUUUUAAAGCUAUUUUCAGACUAAAAGACAAAUGGUGGGCUAACGAGGCUGGGGCCCACCGGCGGGGCAAGGCGUUUGUCCCGCCGUAGGGGAGGGAGGGGAGAGGAGGGGAGACUUGCCGUGGAACAAACAUGUUUGUCCCCUAGUAGAGGAGGGAGGGGAGAGGAGGGGAGACUUGCCAUGGAACGAAUGUGUUUGUCCCCCUAUAGAGGAGGGAGGGGAGAGGAGGGGAGACUUGCCAUCGAACAGACAUGUUUGUCUCCCCUCCUCUCCCCUCCUCUCCCCUCCCUCCUCUAG